UUGAUUAUGACAACAUAGGAAGCCUGAAAUGGGUGGCUAGCUGCUAUAUCAUUGUCCAUAGAGUCGCCUUUCUUUCCACAUUUACCCGUUAGUAACAUAUAGUAGUAAUAUUGGUCCGGUUGUAGCUGCCGUUCUCAUGACUGUCUACACGUGUCGGAAUGGACGGUCGUUGUUAUUGUUGUGCGUCAAAGUUUAGUCUCUUCAAGAAGGAGCUGGGCUGUAAGGGCUGCGGUCGAUCCUUCUGCUCCAGUUGUUUGACUUUCAGUGCUGUGGUGCCUCGCUGUGGCAACACCCAGCAGAAGGUCUGCAAGCAGUGUCAUGGUAAUCUGACAAGUGGGGAAGCUACAAACAGUGCUGGAAGAUGGUCCCCUCCUGAAAAUUAUAAAAAACGGGUCGCUGCACUCGAGGCCAAACAGCAAGGACAGCCGACGGCCCCUGGUGCUCAUGGGGCAGGCAACAGAAAUAACCGAGGAGGAGGCCAUCUACCAUCAAAAGGCCUCAGUAAAGAAGAUCAGAUUAUUGCUGACAGACUCCAAAAGCUCAAAGAAGACACAGCACCAAAGUCUGUCGCCUCUGAGAAAGAUCUAGAAUCUCGCCUUGCUGCUCUGAAAGCUCCCAGUCAGCCGGUACCUUCCACCAAGGAGAUGGAGGACCGUCUGGCAGCUCUACGCGGUCAGCCUCCGCCUUCUCAAGCUCCUCCACCUGUGCAUCGGCCUCCGGACAGCAGGACUCAGACUGAACAAGCCAAUGAUUUGAUAAAUCAGAUGACAGACGAAGUUGCCAUCGACAACCAGCAAUCAAAUCCCGAGUGCAGUGCUGAUGGUCGUAUGAACGAUCGUAUGAAUGACCUCAACAAGGGGGAGGGGGGAACACUGGAUGAGAAUUUAGAAGAGAACCAGGAUGCAGUCAAGCAGCUGGAGGCUGAGAAAGCACGUGUGCUGGAGGAAGCCAUGGAGGAGCUGAGGAAGGAGCACCACUCCCAGGAUCAGAUCCUGCACAUGGCCAAGAGACUGGCACAGCUGAAGGGGCAGGACCCAGACAAAGUUACGAAGGAGGACUUCCAGCAUCCUGACAGCGAUGAGGAGACUGAAGAAGAAGCUGUGAAGAGAGUGUUGAAGCAGCUCUCAGAAGAAGCUGCGCUGGAUGAGGCCAGCGGCUACAACAUACCUUUAGAACAGAGCGGCCCAAGAAACAGAGAAAAGAAAAAGACUGCAAAGAAACCGGCUCCAGCUCCUGCAACCAAGAGCAGAAGUCCGGCAGCUGCUAUAGCACAUCAGCCGUCAGACAGUGACGAGGAUGAGCUCCCGUGGUGCUGCAUCUGUAACCAAGACGCCACCGUUCGCUGUCACACCUGUGAUGGAGACCUGUACUGCAACCGCUGCUUCAGGGAAGGCCAUGAUAAAUAUGACAGGAUGGAGCAUCGCACCAGUGACUACACCGCGCCAAAGAAGAAGAGGAAGACAUGAGAGUGAGACUGUGCUGCAGUUGUUUUCCUUAUCAGACUCUGGUCAGCUGUCGCUGCUAACCUUGCUCUUUGAGCCUUGAGUACCUUGGUAAUAUGGUUAAUAAAACCGCAUGAAAAAGUGCGAAUACUACCUAUUAUAUAAAGCGAGCCUGAACCCAUCAUAACCAAUGAUUCACAGGACAACUAGCACCUGCUUACUGGAAAUGCUAAAGCCGAUCUAAACAAAACAUUAAAUAAGAGUAUGUUAAAAAAAGCAACGGAUAACAUUUAAAGCUGAACACUUUUUAGACAUAGACAUAAAUGUCAAUGUAAAUGCAGUACAAAAUGUAUAAUAUUUCAAACAUAGCUUAUUUUUGUGGAAUGUAUAGAAAUAGAAGUAAAAUAGUGGCAACAAAGGCUCAUCUUAAGUGCACAUUGCACUUGUCAUCAUUUGAUCCUUUUUAGGUUUUUAAAACGCGUACAGAAAGCAGACCAGCCGCGUGUUCAUCUGGGAUGAUGUAUGGUCCCAGACUGCUGUCAGCUCUGGACUGAGGAAGCACAGAGCAGUCAGUAUAAAAGGAUUACUGGCCGCUUUGUUUUCUUUUGGCAGCCACGGCCGCCACUCUUGUAAUCUAUGUUUGGCUACAACUCUGACAUGACUAUUGGCUUUUCUUGUUCUUAUGCGUAAUUCUAUUAUAGAUGAGGCAAAUUGUUAGGCGCUAUAUGUCACAUCUUUGAGAUCAGUAUCUUUUAGUUUUAUUUUAAACUCCGAGACAGCCUUUUAUUUUUUUUCUUGAUCAAAGACAUCAUUACUUGUCGACAGCGUCUCAGUCUGGCAGGCCUUGUCUGAAGCGCAGUCGUGCAGUGUUGGACGGCUUCUCUGGGGGAGCACCGUACAAAUUACUAUAAUGGAGCCCUCAACCGAAAGACCCCCUGUGUACUACAGAGAGAAGGCCAGAGUGCAGUUUUCAUCAGUGUGCAUUACUGUCUGGCUAACUGAGGCAAAGCCAUAAUUACACUCUCCUCCGGGGGCUUUCUCCAUUAAGGUUUGUAUGGAGCCAGUUACCGUGUUUGCCUUCUCUGGCCAUGUCAUACGCGUACCACAGGCAGGAAAUGGACGAGGAUAAUGGAAGCGUACUUAAUGGAACAUCCUGCUGCUGAUUUCACUGUGUUUACUCCUAGACUUGACAUGUCUCCUUUGUUUCCAUCACCCUGUUGAAAAAUUUACACCAAAAAAUAGAAGCUUGCAUUCUGGGAAUGAUAUGCUGUCUGCUAAUCCAUAGGGAGGGGGUCUUGAUGUAUCCAUACAGUAUGGCAUAAUCACUUAGUGAGUCAUAAAGAGCACUAGUGGUACUUUAAAUUUAAAGCUGUAAUGAUAAUGUUGCUGUUUAUUUGUGUAUUAGAAAUGGAUUGUGCCUCAUGAUGCGAUUUGUUAAUUGUGACCAUUUCUCACAAAACAGCCUCGUUUUGAAAAUGUUCCGCUUUAUUCCGACAACAGUUAUCUGAACAAAAUAUUUAUGUACAUAAAUAGGCAACCAAAAAAUGUACAGUCUUCCACAAAAAACAGAACACAGCCCAUCUGAGUAAUAGACAACUUGUAUCACAAGUAAAUGGUUAUGCUAAUGGGAGACAAAAUGUUAUAGCAGUCCAUAAAUUAAAACGAAAUAAUAAAAAAAAGAAUUCAUUCAAAA